GUUUGCGUCAAAACAAAGUGUCAAAUAUUAUUGUCAAAUGAAAAAGUGAUGUCUAUUUGUGUGCACUUUAAAUGCAUUCAUUGAAUGCAUUUUAAUUGAAUGUCUCAUGUAUUGAAGUAUUAAAUAUACCAUUGAAUCAAAUUAAGUGAUAUAUUCAGUGGACAGACACCCAUUGAAAACAUGUCUACAUUUGAACACAAAGCCGGCACUGCUAUUGAAUGCCUGUCCAUACCCCUGAAGUUGACAAAAGAGAUCAGUUAUGACGAGUCGGGCCGAGAGAUACUGAAGUGUGGCUUCAAGAUUGGCGGCGGUAUUGAUCAGGACUUCCGACAGAGUCCACAGGCCUUCACCGAUAACGGCAUAUACGUGACGGACGUGAGUGCGGAGGGGCCCGCCUGGAACUGCGGCCUCAGAAUGGGCGACAAAAUACUUCAGUGCAAUGGCUACGACUUCACCAUGGUCACUCAUAAAAAGGCCGUCGAGUACAUCAAAAAGCACCCCAUUCUCAAUAUGCUAAUUGCCCGCAAAGGGGUCACACAGACAUAGACCAACCCCUACCCUAACCCCGCAAUACCUGCAAUACAUACCAAUUAACGCGACAAAUAUAUACAGCUUUCCUGUGGCCAUACAUUCCAUUGAAGUUUAUUUGAAAACUUUUUUUUUAAGUUUUAAAACUUGAAUAUAUAGUGGCACUCGCUUAUAAUGAACACUACACUUGCAUUGCAUAAUAAAUCCAUACAUUAUAUACAGUGUCUAUUAUACACGCAUACAGUAUAAUUCGGUG